AGCAGCCGCUGUGAGACAGACGGCCACCGGGCUGUCCCUCUGCUCCAGCUAGAAAGACUUGAGUUAGACGAGCAGAAGUACACACCUCCCUACCUCAUGGCAACAGAAAAUGGAGCAGCGGAGCUGGGAAGCCAGAACCCGACAGCAGACAAGACACCUAAAGAUGCCGCAGACAAAGGACCCUCGGCUGCAGAGAAAGACCCUGGCCCCCCAGACCCAAAGAAAGAUCCUGAUCCAUCCACCCUGAAGAAAGAUGCCAAAGCCCCUGCCCCAGAGAAAGGGGAUGGUGCCCUGGUCCAACCCUCAACUAGCAGCCAGAGUCCCCAGGGAGAGGGUGACAGGGGUGGGGGGCCCGCAGAGGGCAGUGCUGGGCAGCCGGCGGCCCUGCCCCAGCAGACUGCGACAGCCGAGGCCAGUGUCAAGAAGCCCAAUGCUGAGCGGGGAGCCUCCGGCAGCCAGGACCCUGGAGAGCCCAAGGUGGGCAAAAAGGCAGCAGCGGGCCAGGCCGCGGCCAGGAGGGGCUCACCCGCCUUUCUGCACAGCCCCAGCUGCCCCGCCAUCAUCACCAGCUCUGAGAAGCUGCUGGCCAAGAAGCCCCUAAGCGAGGCGUCGGAGCUCACCUUUGAAGGGGUGCCCGUGACCCCCAGCCCCACGGAUCCCAGCCCAGCCAAGGCAGGAGGAGGAAAGAACGCCCAGGCAGGGAGCCAGAAGGAAGCAGGAGAGAAAGCCCCGGGCCAGGCUGGCCAGGCUAAGGUGCAAGGGGACACCUCCAGGGGGAUCGAGUUCCAGGCUGCUCCCUCAGAGAGACCGGAGGUGGGGCAGGCCCUCUGUCUGACAGCCAGGGAGGAAGACUGCUUCCAGAUUUUGGACGACUGCCCGCCACCCCCAGCCCCGUUCCCCCACCGCAUCGUGGAGCUGAGGACUGGCAACGUCAACAGCGAAUUCAGCUUGAACUCCAAGGAGGCGCUGGGAGGAGGCAAGUUUGGGGCAGUCUGUACCUGCACAGAGAAAGCCACGGGCCUCAAGCUGGCAGCCAAGGUCAUCAAGAAACAGACCCCCAAAGACAAGGAAAUGGUGCUGCUUGAGAUCGAGGUCAUGAACCAGCUGAACCACCGCAAUCUGAUCCAGCUAUACGCGGCCAUCGAGACCUCGCAUGAGAUCGUCCUGUUCAUGGAGUACAUCGAGGGCGGCGAGCUCUUCGAGAGGAUUGUGGAUGAGGACUACCACCUGACCGAGGUGGACACCAUGGUGUUUGUCAGGCAGAUCUGCGACGGGAUCCUCUUCAUGCACAAGAUGAGGGUUCUGCACCUGGACCUCAAGCCAGAGAACAUCCUGUGUGUCAACACCACGGGUCAUUUGGUGAAGAUCAUUGACUUCGGCCUGGCACGGAGGUACAACCCCAAUGAGAAGCUGAAGGUGAACUUCGGGACCCCGGAGUUCCUGUCCCCUGAGGUGGUGAAUUAUGACCAGAUCUCCGACAAGACGGACAUGUGGAGCCUGGGGGUUAUCACCUACAUGCUGCUGAGCGGCCUCUCCCCCUUCCUGGGAGAUGAUGACACGGAGACCCUCAACAACGUCCUCUCUGGCAACUGGUACUUUGACGAGGAGACUUUCGAGGCUGUGUCGGAUGAGGCCAAAGAUUUUGUCUCCAACCUCAUCGUCAAGGACCAGAGGGCCCGGAUGAGCGCUGCUCAGUGUCUCGACCACCCCUGGCUCAACAACCUGGCGGAGAAAGCCAAGCGCUGCAACCGACGCCUCAAGUCCCAGAUCUUGCUUAAGAAAUACCUCAUGAAGAGGCGCUGGAAGAAAAACUUCAUUGCUGUCAGCGCUGCCAACCGCUUCAAGAAGAUCAGCAGCUCGGGGGCACUGAUGGCUCUGGGGGUCUGAGCCCUGGAGCAGCUGAGGCCUGGACGCAGUCGCACAGUGGCCAGGGCUGAGGCCACACAGCCCAGAAGGCAGCCAGAUCCCCAGGGCAGGCUGGGCAGGACAAGGCUGCACCAGGCUGGGAGGCUCAGGGCUCCCCAUGCCCCCAUGCAGCGACCGCUUCCCCGACCCGACGUGAGCCACCCGGAGUAUGGCCUGGACUCAUCCUGCUAGUGCCUCCCCAGACAGGGCUGUAGCCUGUCAGCCACACCCCAGUCUCCGCAGCACGGCGCGUUGCAGCCGCUCCCUGUUCCCUCCUCAGCUCCCCUCUUUGAACUGCUGUCUUGGUGCCCCUGCUCUGCCCCGCCUGGGGCAUCCCGGCCUGGGCUUGCUCCUAGCUGGGGUGGGACAGCUGGGGGUCUCCGCAUGCAGGGCUCCUGCGGUUGUGGACAGGAGCCUCCUGGCGGGGCAGGGAGGCAGGAACGCUGAUUCCUGAGGCCCAGCUGCCAGGGGAGACAGAGCAGGCUUUGUGAAAGAGGACCUCCGUGCCCCUGCAGCCUCCCCACUCCCAACAGAUAAGGCCUAGCCCACACCAUCUGGCCUGGGCCGGGCCCCACCCACCUCCGCGACCACCAACGCACAGGAACUCUGUGUGAGAGAGAGGGCGCCCAGCUCAGGCCUGGCGGAGGGGAGGGGAGAAGCCUGGGACGCAGGAGACCACCCCCGAGCUUGCCUCAGGGCCAAGCCGGCCCAACCCAGCCACUCAGGGGGCCCCCAUCCCUGGGGGGGGGCCCCCAUGGCCUAGAGGAUGAGGUCAGCAGGCCCAGGAGGAGUGGGAAGGCCACUGGGCAGCCCCCAGCCUGCUCUCAGCUUGUGCCUUGUAAAUAAAUGUACAGGUUGGA